GAAGCAAAUUGAUGAACAUAAAUUCCAAUAUUCUACUCUUUGGUUGGGUACGUAAAACCAUGGAAUUUUGUGGCCGGAAUACCCGUUUUGGAAAUGUCCAUCGUUGAAGCUUCCGGCGAAGAAACCACAAUCGUUGCCCGGUGGAGCUUCUGAUUGGAUUGGCUUUGGAGUCCACUUCUCUUCGAGGCUUCGACGAGUCACCACUGCAAUCGGUUUUGGGGAAGGAACACUGGGUUUAUGAGUUGAGUUCUGUUUGUAGAAGGUGGUUUUGUGAUGAGUUCGAUGUCAUCACGAGACUGGUUAGCAGAUCCGAUAUAUGAUUGUUAUUCGUGAUUGUAGCGGGAGUUGGUGCACUUCAGACUUCAGUGUUGGGAAGUACUUCAGUUUUUGGAGAAUUGAUUGUUUUACUGGGAAGUUACAGGAGAUGAAAGUCGAAGUUGUGGGGUUGGAGGUAUAAUGACCGGAGGGUCAUUGGGUCUUCGUACGGGAAGCUAUGCAUCACUGCAUCUACAGCUACAAAAUGGUGCUUUGCAAAAUUCAGCGACGUCACCGCUUGUGCACAAGGCUUCGAAAACAAAUCUUUCAAGUACAAGAGAGAGGGAGAGAGUUAUUCCCUUGUGUUGUCGAUACUUCGGUCGGAGAAGGGUUGCCAUGCUCCUCCUGUUUAUCCUUGCUCUUUUGGUUUUUGUUUUUGGAUCCUUUGCAGUCAGUAGAGAUAGCAGUGAUUUAAAGGCACCUUAUGAAGAAACUACCCUAAGAGAUUUGCUAAACCCUGCUGUUCUAAAAACAGAAGAAUUCAAGGAUAUUAUAACUUCUACACAUGGGAAUUUGAUUAAUCCUCCUUUCCCUUAUUCAAAUCGUUCUUUAAUCUCCUAUUCUUUUCCUCGACAUUCCCUUCCAUCACCACAUCCAUGCAUAAACUUUGCUCUUCCUCCUCCAGCUCCAGCAAACGGAAAGCGGACUGGAGCACGUCCUUGUCCAGUAUGUUAUAUCCCUGUGGAGCAGGCUAUUGCUAGUAUGCCAAUUGCACCAUCAAUAUCUCCUGUACUACGUAAUUUAACUUAUAUUCAUGACGGAAACCCAAUAAAAACAGAACCACAUGGGGGGUCUGAUUUCGGUGGAUAUCCUUCUUUGAGACAGAGGAAUGAUUCUUUUGAUAUAAAGGAAUCAAUGACAGUACACUGUGGAUUUGUUAAAGGAAGUAAACCUGGUAAUCAGAGUGGUUUCGAUAUUGAUGAAGCCGACCUUUUGGAGUUGGAGGAGUUUCAUGAGGUCAUUGUUGCAUCGGCCAUAUUUGGAAACUAUGAUGUAUUACAGCAGCCCAUUAAUAUUAGUGAAGAGUCAAAAAAAUUUGUUCCUUUCUACAUGUUCAUUGAUGAAGAAACAGAAGCAUAUAUGAAGAAUUCCAGCCUCCUAGAUAGCAGAAAGAGGAUUGGCUUGUGGAGAAUCAUUGUCGUUCAUAAUGUUCCUUAUGCUGAUUCAAGACGUAAUGGCAAGAUUCCCAAGCUUCUUCUGCAUAGGCUUUUCCCAAACAUUCAAUACUCAAUAUGGAUAGAUGGAAAACUUCAGCUUGUUGUGGAUCCAUUUCAAAUUCUUGAGAGAUUCUUGUGGCGUCAAAAUGCAACUUUUGCAAUUUCAAGACACUACAAACGAUUUGAUGUAUUUGAAGAGGCUGAUGCUAAUAAGGCUGCUGGAAAAUAUGACAAUUCCUCUAUUGAUGAGCAGAUUGGAUUUUAUGUUACCGAGGGUUUAACACCAUAUUCCUUGGCUAAGCUUCCUAUAACGAGUGAUGUUCCUGAAGGAUGUGUUCUAAUUCGAGAACAUAUUCCUAUAACAAAUUUAUUUACUUGCCUUUGGUUCAAUGAAGUUGAUCGUUUUACUUCAAGAGAUCAGUUAAGCUUCUCGAUGGUGAGAGACAAGAUAAUGUCUAAAGUCAACUGGAGCCUUAACAUGUUUUUGGACUGUGAAAGGCGCAAUUUUGUUAUACAGACAUAUCAUAGAGAACUACUGGAACACAUGCCACCUCCUGCCAGAGAAGUUCUCCAUCGUCCUUCACUAGUGCCCGAUGUUCAUACUGUUUCUAAGCCUUCGGUUCAUAUUGUUCAAAAGUCUCCACCAGUAAAGAGAAAUUCUUCCAAGCGAGGAAGAAGCGAUAAGAAGUCCACUUCAAAGCGGCAUCGUAAAGUUAUUUCUGGGCAUAGAGAGGAUAAUUCGUUAUAAUUCGAUUCACAUUAAAAAAGUGUUCUUUUUUUUUUUUCCUUGACAUUUUAGUUUCAUUCUCAUUCUCAUUCCCAUUCCCUCAAAUUUUACCAAUUUUGUACUGGAAAUUGUUGAUAUAUCUAUAUCUAAUAUAUAUUGGUUUCUGUUGUAGAUAUGAAAGUUUCUUCCAGGCUAUGUAUCCAUUGAUAUAAUAAAUCGUUCUUACUACUGA